CUCUCUCCUUCUCCCCCACAGGUUGGGCGGCCGACACUGACCCAGUGUAUGUGGCACUGAAUGGCCCAGUUCUGCUCAGUAUCCCCGGCUAUCCCAAUGCUGAGAGAGACCAGGUGACCUGGAGAGAUGGGAAAGGUAACACAAUGGGGAGAUUCAAGGACUCAAUAUCAUUUCAUCAGAUACGGGGCUGUGAGUGUGAGCUCUUCAGGAACGGCUCCCUGUACCUCAAGCGGCUGGGCACGGUGGGAGAUGAGACCUACACUGUGACUGUGUUUAACCAGAUGGGAAAGCAAAUCUCCUCUCAUUCCGUCAAAGUCACAGUGAUCAAGAGUGUUGCCGCCCCGGUGCUGAGUGUCACUUGCGGUGAGAGAGACAUACGACUUCGAUGUGAGGUGAGUGACGAGGACACGCCGGACGAGAUGGAGAUGACGUGGAAUAACUCGCGGCUUAUCCAAAGCACCAAAACCAAAUCAGUUGGGAGAAACGUCUCUCUGGAGACUCAUGGGAACGUGACGUGCGCCACCAGGAACCGCGUCAGUGAUAGAAGUGACAGCAAGAAAAUCGACUGUCGCAAACAUGAGCCUUUCAUAGAGUUCUUCACAUUGGAAAUGAUCGCAGCCGUCGCUGCAGGGGGCGUGGCUUUCCUCAUCUUCAUCAUCCUCCUCAGUUACUUUGUGAGCAGAUCCUGUUGCCAGAAAUCCAGAAUAGGGGAGGAGGGGGCCUCUAUCUGCUACGAGAACAACAUUUCCAUCCAGGAGCGCCAACUCCCCGGCCCCCCCGGCCAGCAGGAAACCCAAACACUGAUCCAACCGCCAGCAGAACCCCAAGGCCACAGCCCGGGGCCAAGACCUCCAGCUCCCAGGAUCCAGUCCCAAAGCCGCCCCCCAAAGCAGUCUAAGAAGGGGUCCCAUUCCAAGCCAAAUGGGGCCACAGUAGAGAAACAGGCCCCCCAGGCCCAGACACAACCGAACCCAUCACAGUCUAUAAGGCCUCCAGUCCCCACCAACCACCCCAGCACCCGCCCACCCAGGCCCCAGCCUCGUACAAGAUCACGGGCAGCCCACCAGCCCCCCCAAUAGUAAGGGUCUGAGAUUAGUGGCCCCCAAUCACGGCCUGCCCUCCGGCAACUGUGCAUGAAUAUGUGGGAUAAUAAAGGCCGGACAUGGAGGGACUGGAAGAGCCUGAGAUAUACAGACCUGCAAGUCACAUAGGGUGGGAGCCAUGGAAUAUGGAAACGGAGUCAAAGGAGAUGUGGGGGCAAUUUACAGAGGAGAUACCCCUCCCUCCGGUUUGAGCCCAUUGGAAUGAUAGUAUAGUAUAGACUAUUCCUGGGAAUUCUGGGUAAUUAUCUGCCUCGUCCCAUGAACCCCAACCCAGAAUGUACAAUGAGUUGGGGGGGGGCGCGGGGAGAUCAGUGCUCUGUCCUUUAUCCAGCUGAUCCCCCAUAAGCACAGCAGGGCCACUGGGGCGGUACAGGGGAAAGGGGGCACUGGGGGGAGUGCAUAAUGGGGGGCCCUGCUGAGCCUACAGUGGAUUAGGGCUAAACUCCCAAUAUCUGGCUGAAGUAUUUAUAGUAAGAGUUCUUGUAUAUACAGUAUCUGCCCCUGGUGCCCAUAUGCCCCCCAAUACGGUAUUUGGUCGCAGCUCACAAUAUGGCAGGUUACAGUACUGACUAGUUAUAAUAUCAAAUUAAAUAAG